GCCCAACGCCAGCGCCAAUCCACGAAUCGCAGAGACACGGCUUACUGGUGGACGAUUCAACGCACGCGGACGAGAGCAUGAGAAUGAAUGGUGAGUUCGACCGAUCUCAUGACCUAUACUAAACACCGCUGUACGUACAGGGCGCGGGUGGGAGAAGUCGUUCGUGCGCACUCCUGCAUACUACGCCGCACAUCGAUCGAGCACGAGCCCGGCUCUAGUGAGGCGCCCUGUAAGUCGUACGUACAGAGAUCGCGCCAUACGGUGCGGUCAUCCGGACGCGGGCUGGGAUCGAGAGCCUGCGUAACCAGGAAAGGUACACGGGCUCGUACGGGAUGGGGGUGUGGGGAAAGAAGGAGGCGAAGAGCUGGGCGAUCAUCUGUAAAGGCAAUCUUGAUGUCUAAAGACACGGGAUAAUCCCUCGCAGAGGGCGAGCCAAAAAUUUUGACUCUCACCGAACGUCGCCCUGGAUGAUAGUUAGAUGGUAGUGUGGCGCUCAUACUCAGAUCCAGAGUGUCAAUGUCUUCAGCUUGCGAUGUGUCUAAGUCUUGGCAGUUCGACAGGGGCAACUCGAGGACCUGAGAGGUAAGGAGGAGCAUUCCGAGUACGGCGUUGUAUGUGCUCG